AUGCCUGAAUGGAUGAAGCAGCCAUGGUCCUACAUCAAAAUGGAUCUUCGUGUUAUCUUUGGUCUGGCUUGUAGCUCUUCUGCAGCUUUCUUGGCACUGAAAUGGAUGGGCCAGGAAAGAAUAAAAAGACAAAUAAAAGAGGCGAGAAGCAAGAGAGACCAUGGUUUGGGACAAAUGGAAAAAGCUGUCCAGAGAUUUAAGCUGGAGAACCCCGUAACACAAAGUGCUUGCAUCCUUUCUUUGCCUCUGGCUGAGCUGGCUGAGAAGCUGAAGGAAGAAUCCUUGUCUGCUGAAACUGUCCUUUACACCUAUAUGGAGAAGGCUUUAAUUGUCACCCAGGAGACAAACUGUGUGCGCCAUUUUAUCCCAGAAUGUGAACAACAGCUCCAGGAAAUAAAAAAGCAGAAGGCAAAGGGCUUACUGCAUGGCAUACCUAUCAGUAUUAAGGACCACAUUGGAUAUAAGGGGCACUUAUCAACAUGUGGGCUUGCUCAUUUUCUUGGUGUUCUGCAAGAAGAGGACAGUGUGUUGGUCAAGGUGUUAAAGAAGCAAGGAGCAAUUCCUUUUGUCCUCACAAAUGUUCCACAGUCUUUAUUCAACUAUGAUUGCAGCAAUUCAAUUUUUGGCCAGACAAUGAAUCCUCUUGAUCAUAAAAGAGGCCCUGGUGGUUCAUCUGGAGGGGAAGGUGCACUGAUUGCUGGAGGAGGGUCCAUUUUGGGAUUUGGCUCAGAUAUAGGUGGAAGUAUUCGCAUACCCUCCAGCUUUUGUGGCAUUUGUGGGCUGAAGCCAACAGCGGGAAGGUUGAGCAAUUCAGGAGUCAAAGGUCCGAUUGAUGGAAUACUCUCAGUUGCAGGAACUGUGGGGCCCAUGGCCAGGGAUGUGGACAGUCUGGCAUUCUGCAUGAAGGCUCUCUUAUGUGAGGACAUGUUCCAGAUGGAUCCCACUGUGCCACCUAUGCCAUUCAACGAGGAGGUAUAUGCAGGUUCUGCACCACUUCGGAUUGGAUAUUACGACACCGAUGGCUAUUUCUUGCUCCCUCCCUGCAUGAGGAGGGCUGUGCAUAAAACAGGAAUGCUCCUCCAAGAAGCUGGUCAUAGGCUCAUUCCCUUCACUCCACCUUCAGUGGAUUAUGCCAUGGAUGAACUUUUUCUCAAAGGCAUUUUUGCAGAUGGUGGCUCGUUUCUGUUGGCCAUGUUUGAAAAAGAUAUUGUGGAUCCAAGACUGAAGCCUCAAGUGACUUGGUUGAGAAUCCAAAAGACAGUGAAAAGGGUUUUGGCCAAGAUUGUUAAGCCCUGGUUCCCAAGACUGGCCAGUCAUCUGAACGCCCUGUGUGGUGUGCGGUCUGUGAAAAACCUUUGGGAACACCAUGAAAAAGUGAUGGCUUAUCAUCAGAAGUUUAUUGAUGAGUGGAGGAAAUGCCAACUUGAUGUUCUCCUCUGCCCAGUCCUGGGCCCUGCCUUCCUUCUGGGAUAUCCUGCAAAAAUACUAUCGGCUGUCUCAUGCACCAUGUUGUACAAUGUUUUGAACUUCCCUGCUGGAACUGUGCCUGUCACCACAGUUACAGAGGCUGAUGAAGAGGAGCUGAGGUGUUACCGAGGACUCUGUGGUGACCCCUGGGAUAAGAAACUGCAAGAGGCUGUGGAAGGUGCAGUGGGACUCCCUGUGGCAGUACAGUGUGUGGCUUUACCAUGGCAGGAAGAAUUAUGCCUUCGAUUCAUGAAGGAGGUAGAGAAGCUGUCCCAGGAAGUGAGACAGAAAUAG